UACUAUUACAGAAUAUAUUAGCGGGAUAAGUAGAAACAAAAAUCGCGGGAAAACGAAACAGUAAAAACUUAAUCGAUUUCUCUCAAACAAAAUUAAACACAAACAAUGAAACAAGAACAAAAUAUGGGUUUUAAAAGAGGGGGAAUUAUAUGGGCAAAAGUGCGAAUACACCCCCAAAAAUGGCGGCCCGCCAUUGUUUUAAGCAUCAAAGCUCACUGGGUUUUAGUUUCCUUCUUCACCAACUCCUCCCGUUACAUUCUUGAUACGGACGUCUGUUCUUUUCAAGAAAACUACGAGUCUUUAGUUAAGACUGUUGAGAAGGGUAGCAAGGGAGAUAAGUUAUUGGAUUUUGCUUUGAAAUUGAUUGCCAGUAAAGUUUAUUCGAGCUUGAAAUGCUGCUCUUGCCAUUUCUUGAUUUCGAGAAGAGAAGCGGAAAUUCCGAGGAGGGAGAAAUUGUUUCAGAGUGGGGCGGUUUUAGGGUUUGUUCUUGAUGUGGCGGUUGAACCGUUUGUUGGUGAUUCUGAUUUGAUUUAUGCUGUUGGUAUGGCUGCCAAGAUUCAUGCUUUUCGCCGUUUUAUUGUUGGUAAACCGGUAGCUCAAAAAUCUGAUACUCCACAGCUCGACUUCAAACUGCCGAAUAAGGAUCAAACUGACUUCAGGUCAUGGAAUGAAACUGAGCUGACAAAGACACCAUCAGUACAUGAGAUGCUACUAAUGUUGCGUUCUCUUGCUUUAGAUUCACAAUAUUUAAACAGGCAAUGCUUGAGCACAGUGAAAAAGAAUGUUUUGUUUUUCAGAAAUUCGGUAUGCCAAACUGGCUUGAAUUCCAUGUUUGAAAAAUCCUCACAUUCUCACAGCAGCAGUUGUCGCCCUCGAUAUAUAAGAAGUCUUGACGGGAAUAAUGGUAGAAAUGUUUUGGCCCUCAUGAAACCUUAUGCGGCAAGCUCUAUUAACUUCUCGGAGUUGAAAAGGCCUUAUGAUGAUCACAUUGAUUCUGAUUUUUGUUAUAAGCGGUACAAGACUAAGCAUCUCUCCUCGUCCAAUGGAGCUAAUGUUAACAUUGAGGAAGAGAAAACUAAGGACAAUAUACGUUUAUGUGAUGCUUUGAUCUCAAAGCCUGCUCUCUCGGAUAUUUUCUUGAGGUUCUUCAAUGGUGCAUAUGAUUUUCUACACAGAUUCAGAAUAAGAUCUAAAUCCAGUACAUCAAGUGCAAGUGCAGAAACAAUAAAGUACUUGCCCGCUCCCGAUCCUACAGAUCAUUACAGCACCGACACUAUAACCUAUGCAAACAUUAGAGGCAGCUCUAUUGAUGAUAGGAAGCAUGAGACACAGGUUAGUUCUGACGUAACUGUUAUACCCGAAGAAGUAGAAAAACAAUCGGGGCUUGAUGCUCUCUGGGACUCGGACUAUCUAAAUUUGCACAUCAAGUUUCCUAAAGAUUCCAAUCUUCCAUCCAAGGAGGAUUUGAUAAGGAAAUUCAGUCGAUUUGGAAAAAUAGAUUCGCAUAAAACCAAAAUCUGUACGCGGUUGCGUUCUGCUCAGGUGGUUUUCUUAAGCCAUCUUGAUGCGGCGACUGCUUAUCAGUAUGCAAAGAGGAAGAAAGUUUUAUAUGGAGGAGGAAAUGUUCUGUUCUGGCUUCGACCAGAUGAGAAACGAAGUGAAUCCAAGUUUCGAGUCCCUUCGCCCAGCAUUAAAUCAUGCCUAAAGAAAUCCGAUAAAGAGGAUAAGCGGCAUGCCAAGAGGGUGAAGUUUAUAAUGGAAACUAAUGAUGAACCAUGAAGAGACAUGGAUGGCAGUAAACCAAUCCAAGAUUUUGUUGUAUCCAUUCCAGUGCAGGUGAAUAUUAUUCUUGUGCUGUCUGUUCCCUUCAAAAAAUGCAAGAUUGUGCUUCAAGGGGUGAGCUGACAUCUUAUGUUUCUUUGGUGCGCCUUUUUAGCCAAGGAUAGGGAAAGCUAGAAAUUCUGUUGUGAAUUAGUGGCCUUCACAAACUUUUGACACCAUCUUGAAAAAUGAUUUUGUUUGCUGUAAUGUUUGAACAUAUAUGCAUCAGCUAGGCCAAGGCAAUGUUCUAAAUUCUUUAUGAUUUUUACGAUAUACAUAAAAACAGAACAAGUAAACAAAAUACCAAAUGAUUUUUACGAUUUAAUCGGUCCAAUAGCUUUCUAUCUAUCCAAAUGAGUUGAAUUGUGUUUUUGAUUUGUAAGAAAGAAUCAAACCAGAUUGACCUCAAAUUUUCAGUUUGUGAUCGUCUUGUAAAGUGACAGAAUUAGGGUAAUUGUUCCUGACCAUCACUGAACUUUCGAGUUUUUUCAUUUUAGCCACUAAACUAUUUUUUUUUUCAUUUUGAUCACUAAACUUUCAUUUUUUUUCAUUUUGAUAUUUCAGGUCAAAAAUGCUUAGGUGGCAGCCGGAAGUUGACAUAUGACAACCGGAUUUUACAAGUUUUACUUUAAAGAUUUAUCACAUAUACAUAAUUUCACUUUGAAAAUGAGUUUUUAGAUCAAAUAAUGCAUAUAUGGCAAGUUUUCAGGUUAAAAAAAAUUAAUUCCGGCUGCCACCUAAGCAAUUUUGGCCGAAAAAUACCAAAAUGAAAAAAAAUGAAAGUUCAGUGAUCAAAAUGAAAAAAAAUAGUUUAAUGACUGAAAUGAAAAAACUCGAAAGUUCAGUGAUCUUCAGGAUCAAUUACCCAACAGAAUUACUUUAAAGCUGCCAGAAUCUGUGUUUACAUGUAUCCAUCAGAAAGAAAAGUCUACUUAUUUACUACUCUUGAAUGAGGCUUUUAUUGCAAGAUGUAAGAAUUCUCAUUAUGUGAAAAUUCAAUGAGUGGCAAGUAUUCAGCAGCACACUGUCUUACUACCAAGUGCAGAAAGUAU